AAAGAAUCAAAGAUGUUUUCAAUCGUUUGCCUGAGAGCGAGGGAUUGUACGAUAUGAUCCAGUUUGUGUUCUCUCAGUUGAGUCUAGAGAUGGUCUACUUUGGCCUUGAAAGCAAGAUGGAAUAUGGCAUAAUUGUUUGCUACAACGUCCAGCAAGAGGUGUUUUGUAUGCAGAGAGGAAGCUUGCACGCUUACGUAGCGAGCGAAUGGAGGGACUCGAUGAUCCUUCAGGAGAUGUGCUGCUGCGAUCGCUCCCAUCAAGACAUGAGCUGUCAAACCAAUGGUCUCUUCCAUGAAGAGCCGGUGUCCUGCUUGACGGUGACAUCUCAAGAUUUGUUCCUGCUGAUCGCGUCGCCGAGCGUGUGGGCUAAGAUCAGCCAAGACGAGGCCAUGGAGAUCGUCCGCUCGCACUCGAGCGCACAGAGUGCAAGCUGGGAACUUGUCAGCGAGGCGAGGAGGAGGGCGUGUCUGACUGCCCUGAUGACUAACCCUC